AGGUUCCUCCUCGGGUUGCAUCAUUGCUCUUAGUUCCUGCUUUGCAGCUCCCGUGCAACGUUGUAACACUAACCACAGAGACAGGACAAGACACACAGGGUAUAAAGAGCAUAGAUCUUUAGCGAUACGUUUCUUCGCAUUGAAGCAGACGAUGCCUGUAACUCGGAAUACGAACGUUCUGGAACCUCCUAAUUACUUGAAUGUAGAGGUGAUGAAGAAAACGCCGUCUCCCUCGCCUGGCACAAACGCUCAGAACAGACGAGCACUCAUAGUGGCUGGAGUGUGUAUCGGUCUAAUGUGUAUGGUUCAGGGAGCUCUUAACAUCGUCCUGAGGCUGUACCUUCCGCCUCUGGUGGAUACGGAGCUCUUAGUGACGAGCUGCGACAAUCACACGCUGUCUGUAGUCAUAGAGAAGCUCCAGAGCACGUCCAGAGACCUUAUCAAGGAGAAAGAUGAGUUAAACAACAACAACAUCAACCUGGGUAAAGCGAGAGAUCAGCUACACAAAGAGAAAAAUGAAAUCCAGAGGAGAUUUUUCAACCUCGCUGAGGAUAUCAGGAAGCCGGGGUGGAUCGUCUUCAGGUCCAGUCUUUACUACAUGUCUAUUGGGGGGAAGAGCUGGGAUGAGAGCAGACAAGACUGCAGACAGAGAGGAGCCAACCUGGUGAUCAUAAACAGCAGAGAGGAACAGGAUUUUAUCGAGAUGUUAAGAAGAGGAAAUAGCGCUUGGAUCGGUUUAAGAGACCGAGGAACGGAGGGGGAGUGGAAAUGGGUGGACGGUACACCACUGACCACUGCCUUCUGGUGGACUAAUGAGCCCAGCAAAUCAAAUGGAGAUGAAAACUGCGUUGAGACUGGCUAUAAACCGGAUGAUGGACGACCUGUAAACGAUCUCAUAAGCACGUGGAAUGAUAAUUCAUGCUUUGGCCUUAAUUCUUGGAUCUGUGAGAAAAUAAUUCCCCUUUGAGUCUCUGUGAAAGAGAGGAUUUUAGAAGUUAGUGCACAAACAUAAUGAAAAUAUGUCAAUUUUAGCUGAAUGUUCUUUUUUAAUAUUUUCUUAUAUUUUCUGUAAUUUACGUCCGACACUGCUGUUAGACUGUAUAAGUGUCGACUUUGUGUAGUGUACUACACUGUACUUCUAAUUACAGUGAAACCUUGGAUUACUCAAUGCAGGAUGACAGAGAAAGCGAAAAUGGAUCUUUAACCUCUCUGAUGAGAUUUGCUUUUGCUUUACAUGCGUGCACACACACAUUAUAAUUAACAGUAUAUGCGGGUGUGAAAGGAUGACUUUCACACUCAUACGCAUACAAACAAAAUAAAACAUGUUUUACACACACACACAUGGUCACAAUGUUAUAGUAAACAGUACACAUGUGCACGGAUGUUGAUUAUACCAGUAAGAGACGAGCACUAAGACCCAGCAGGGGAGACGAUUACCCACAAAUACGCAGCACAAGAGAGAGUUCAAAAGUUGAAAAAGAGAAAGUUGUGAUCAUGUGAUGCUCGGCAUCAAAACAAAAAGCACAUGCGUCCUACAUGAUACUUAGUAUUCGUGAACCAAGACUUUUCAAUUUUUAAGUCAAAUUUAUUUUUAAUUUUUUUGCUCAUCUUGCAGAACGAUCGCAAACCAUGUUACUCGCAAUCCGAGGUUCCACUGUAAAUGCAUUAUAUCUCUAAUUUGUUGAUGAGAAGUUAAUGAGAGAGUAGCCAUAAUAGAAAUCAAAGCCGCAAGAGUAGAUUACUGUACAAGAACAGGGAAACAGGUCACACCUCCACGAUGAAAAAGUGAUGACACUUUAAUUUGUGUCAUCAGAAGAAGACAAUUUUUCACCCAAAUGUAAAUUAGGGAUUACUGUUAGAUUAUAUAAGAUCGCUCUUAAUUGCUUUUAGAAUUAUAUCAUAAAUAAAUAUACAGCACUUAAUAAUAAGUGUUGAGGAAAUUACUCAAAUAAAGUAAUCCACUACAAAUUACUAAUCAAGAAUCUUGGCGUGAUUC